GCGAUGCUUGCGUAGUAUCGGGCCAGUGGAGCACGUGGUGGGAGCGGAUGGCAACCAGCUUGCGCGGACGCUCGAGGAUCGAUAUCUGGUAUAGUCCAACUGACUGGACGCCAUGGAGGUCGCCGCCAACACCAGUGCCCCUCCGACGACCCAGCUUCCGAACAAGACCGCCGUGGACGCUGCGGCUGACGUUGUACUCGUCGUUGGCAUCGGAAUAGGAUUCUUGGCCCUCGUGUGCCUCGUCCUAUUGUUUUGUCGCCGACGGCGCCGUAGCAGCGACCUUCAGCACGACGACCACCUUCACACGAAAAUCUGGGAGACCGCAACGCACGGCGAGUCACCAGAAGGUGUGUACGUGAUGGAAGAAGCGAACGGAAAGCAUCGUGCGUCCAACUUGUUCGUCCCAGAGGACCACGGGCAUCGGGGAGUUCGACCUAGCAACAUUUUCAUUCGAGACGUCGUCGUCUGUCCAAUCCAUUCAAAGCACCAUUGCAGCAAAAACGACGACAUUGUUCUGCUCGAAGACGACGAGUUGAUGCGCGUGAGUGGCCGCUACCCACCUCGCCCCAACGGCGUAGCAACGGCGCCAUCCUUAUCUUCCCUGCAGGCAAUUGUACUGCAGCCCGCUCCAACUCAGCCACAUCGAGCGCGACCACGUCUGUCAACGGAAGACGAUUCGGAGGCCGGCGACAUCGUCCAUGAAAAGUUAAGUCUGCGGCGGUCGACGGAUUCAUUUGCCCAGGACGACGACGGCGGCUGGAGCACGAACUUGUCCUUUGUGAGCGAGAUGUCGCUGCUCGACUCCGGGCGCGGGGAUCGCAUGUCCACGAUUAGCUUCACUAGCAACGACGACGAUGCGAUGGAGGCCAAGAUUUAGAAAGCCAGACCGCGUCAAAAUAUGCCACCUAAUAUAUUUAUCACCACGUCUUACGCUCA